AUGAACCUUACGCUUCUGAAACGCAUCAUCUAUACCCUAGUUUACAGACCGCUUGGUUUUCUCUAUCUUUUCUUUGGUGUGUUUUACGGGCGGUUUGUGCUUCCGAAACAACCUGCGUUGACGUUACUGCGGCCGUACGUUGACGACCGGACGGUCGUCGUCGUGACCGGCUGCAACGUUGGCAUCGGCUAUGAGGUCGCGCUUGCGCUUUCAAAGGCUGGUGCGACAGUGUUUAUUUGCUGUCGCACGGAAGAAAAAUGUAGUGAGACUAUCAGGCGGAUCAAGCAGCAAGGGGGGCGCGGGCAGCUCAAGCCUAUCAAACUUGAGCUGUCCUCGUUCGCAUCCGUCCGCGCUGCUGCCGAUGCGAUUAACGCGCAAACAGCCUACAUUGAUUUUCUUGUGUUAAACUCGGGUGUGAUGAACAUUCCGAAGCUGGAAUUUUCGGCCGACGGCUACGAGAUGCACUUUGCGGUGAACCACCUCGGACACUACCUCCUAACCAGACGCCUGGUUGCUAAAGUGCGAAAAGGCAUCGUCGUUGUUAGCUCUGAUGGACAUAUCAUGGGCGCUACUGAUGCGAUUGAUGAUAUAAACUGGGAUCGACGUGGACGGGAGAACUAUGACGGCAUGGUCGCGUAUGCGGACACGAAAAUGGCGAAUGUUUUGUUUGCUGCUGAAUGCAAUCGGCGGUACCCUUCGAUCCGCACUGUUGCGGUACACCCCGGCGCAGUACUGACCGAGCUCAUUCGAUAUUCCGUGAAACCGGAGGCACAGACGCGUCUUCGCCAAAUUCUCAAGUAUAUUUUUCGAACACCUGCGGAGGGAGCACUCGUCGUGGUGGCAGCGCUUGUGGCUACCGCCGUGCCUUGCGCCGGAAAGCGUGCGCCUCUUUUCUACCGCGACGGCCGGCCGAGCUGGGCAGUUGCGGAAAACGAUGUUGCUGCAGCGCAGCAUCUCUGGGACGAGAGCGAGCGCAUCGUCCGCAACUACCUCACCUAG